AUGACACAUUUGGCUCUGUAUCGUCUGCUGGUGUUCAAUUUGCUGGAAAUCAAUUUGAGGGAUGUCUUAGUGUUCCACUGCUGGUCGGAGCCGGAGGCCUAUCCUCUGGCUGGGAUGAUGAGUGAGAGCCACAUCUAUUCGCAAUAUAUUCAACUGCAACAGGAUGCUGGCCUGGCCAACAUACACAAGGACUACUUGGACAGCGAUAUCACCAAAAUGGGUGUGUUCCUUGACUUGGGCUGCCCGCAGGCUGCUCUUCUUACAAACCAGUCCAGUCGCGCCCGACUCUAUAACCGUCGCUUCCAUUGGCUGCUAUUCGAUGAAAUGGGUAACCUCACGAAUCUGGCCGAACUCUUUGUCCGUGCCAACAUCAGCCUGGAUGCCGAUGUGACCUACAUCGAGCCGCGGGAGGGGGAAGCAACGGACGAGGAGGAAGAACUCUUUGUGUUGCAUGAUGUCUACAGCAAGGGCAGCCACUUGGGGGGCAGGCUCAACGUGACUAUUGACCAGAGUAUCCAGUGCAGUCGUACCGACUGCAGGAUCAGGGACUACCUCAGCGAUCUGCAUGAGCGGACCAGGCUGCAGCAGCGCAUGGACUUGACCAACAUCACCUUUCGAAUGGCUGCCUUGGUGUCCGUGAUGCCACUCACUUCGAAGGAGGAGAUUCUUAUGCGGUUCCUGAGCGGCGAAGAGGAUGCCCACUUGGACUCGAUUUCCCGCCUGGGCUAUCGCCUCAUCCUUCACAUGCAGGACUUGCUACAUUUCAACUUGAGCUUCACUUGGGUGGGUGACUGGAGCAUCCAGGAUGCAUUUGGCGGAGCCAUAGGCCUGCUGGGCAAUGAGUCGGUGGAGCUGUGCUCCUCUCCCUUCAUUCCGACGUGGAACCGCAUUCACUAUGUCCAUCCCAUGGUGGAGCUGGCCGAGUUUCGAGCUGUUUGUAUAUUCCGUACGCCGCACAAUGCUGGGAUCAAGGCGACCGUGUUCCUAGAGCCCUUCAUGCCCAGCGUCUGGCUGGCCUUUGGGGCACUGCUAGUCCUCUCCGGGUGCCUGCUGUGGCUAAUAUUUCGCCUGGAGCAGCACGGGAUGCAGCGGUGCCUGGACUUUGUGCCCUCCCUGCUCACCAGCUGCCAGAUCAGCUUCGGGGCUGCCUGCAUACAGGGCUCCCACUUGCUGCCCAAGUCCACGGGCGGCAGACUGGCAUUCAUCGCCGUCAUGCUGACCUCCUUCCUCAUGUACAACUACUACACAUCGAUUGUGGUGUCCACACUCCUCGGAUCGCCAGUGCGCUCCAACAUAAGGACCGUGCAACAGCUGGCGGACAGCUCCCUGGACGUGGGCAUCGAUAAUGUGCCAUUCACCAAGGCCUACCUGACGUCCUCGCCCCGUCCGGACAUACGCAGUCUCUACAGACAGAAGGUGGAGAGCAAGCGGGAUCAAAGCACCGUCUGGUAUGGGCCUGAGGAGGGGGUCCUCAAGGUGCGCGAUCAGCCCGGGUUCGUGUACAUCUCGGAGGGAUCCUUCAUUUACCACCAUGUGGAGAAGCACUACCUUCCCCGGGAGAUCUCCGACCUCAACGAGAUCAUGCUGCGGCACGAGGGCACCGUCUACCACAUGAUCCACCUGAACAGCUCCUAUCGAGAGCUUAUCACCCAGCUGGAGGUGCGCCUCGUGGAGUGCGGCCUCACCUCGAAGCAGCGGCGCUUCUUCAGCAAAACGAGGCUGCAGACCUACUCCAACAGCUUCGUGAUCCAGGUGGGAAUGGAGUACGCUGCACCACUGUUUCUAUCCCUAUUGGGAGGCUACUCCAUGGCUAUACUGGUUCUACUUCUGGAAGUGGCUUGGAAGAGUACCGAGAGGCAGAGCUGUCUCUUGCCCCAGGAGCAGUGA